AUGGCGCUCCACUCGCCUACUCGCCUACAGAGUCAAUGGGGCCCCAAAGGCGCCAUACCAAUAUGUUUUGUCGCCUGUUUAUUCGUCAUUGGCCACUUUGCAGGUUUUGCAGCGGCCUAUGAGAAUAGUCCAAAGGUGAAAGUUCCUGAUGCCUGGCAGAACAACCGCCUAGAGAAAUGUGAUGCCGAGAGUUGCUACGACGUGGUCGAAGGGCACUCUGUCCACCUCACCUGCUCUACUAACAAGUCACCACAUUUUUAUAUUGGUCUUAAUUGGACGAUACCUGUGGGCUCUAAUAAGACUGGCAACCACAUAACUGACAAAAAGUCUGGAGAGAUUGUACAAAAGAACCUGAAGGUUGACCCCAUACACGACUCGGGAGUGUACAGUUGCACCAGAACAGGACUAUUUGGUCCUUCACCACCAACCGUCAUUUCUCUCAACGUCAUAUCCAAGAACUCUACGCACAUGGAAAUGAAGAUUGAUCACCCGAACAUUACCGAGAAUAACACGAGUAUUGCUUGGCAUGUUGACUUCCGUGCCUACCCGAAGCCUGUCUUCGUCUGGUACAAGGAAGAUGUUGAGAUUCUCAACACUGCCAAAUCUUCAGGAAACAAACGCUACAGACACGAUGAAGACUUUUAUAACGGGACGUUGACACUGACCAUUGACGCCCCCACUGUGGAGGACAUCGGCCAGUACACCCUGGUGGCCGAGACCAUCAACAACCACUCAGCUGCCUCACACAACAUAACAAUGUACUUCACCUCACAAGUUAAACCCGACGAUGUGAAACUGAACAUGUCCAACAAAAACUUGAUACAGAAGAAAGACGGAAAGUUUCAACUGACCUGUACUGCCAGCGGCUUCCCCAAGCCUCGUGUGACCCUCCAGUUUCAACAGUGUUUCAGUAAAGACAACUGCACUAAUUUCUCACCUCUCAGUAAAGAAGACAAUAGCACCCACAACGGGCUGUCAGCCGUCGCCUCCACCACCCCCGACCACAGGGUGAGAGAGACCUUCAGCUGGGCGGGCCGCGCUCUACACCAUGGAUAUUACAGGUGUGUGGCCGACAACGAGCUCGGCAACUCUACCUCUCCAGCCCUCAGCUUCAUCGUUACUGAUGGUGAAUAUGUGCACGGGAGUGUGUCCCUGGAGGCGGAGGUGAACGGAGAGUCGCAGCGCCACCAGAACCUGCAGGUCCUGCAGGUCCUGGAGGGGGACGACCUCACCUUCCGCUGUCGAAGCAUUAAGGUGCUCGCCGCUGGGGCUUUACAGUGGAAGCUCAAUGGUCAUCCCCUCACAGACCGCGACAAGAGGGAAUGGAAACUUAAUGUGAAGAGAAAUGACUCGGAACUGUGUUACAUCUCUGAGAUGGUGAUGGAGCAUGUGACUCAGAGCGGGAGCAACUUCAGCCUAGCCUGCACCGACCGCCCUCACCACAGCCUAACCCAGACCAUCCGUAUUAACCCGAUGGUGGCGCCCACGUGGAAGACUGGUGUUGGGUCGCCUCUUCAAGACCACAACAUGAAGGAGAUGAGUAACCUGACCCUAGAGUGCAGCGCCGAGGGUGAGCCCGUCCCUCAGGUCACCUGGUACAAGGACAAUAAGAUGCUGGAGGUGAUGCCAGGCUCCGGAACAACCAGCGGAGAUCACAUCACAUUUCAUUAUCUGAAGACUUCAGAUUCUGGCGAAUAUGAGUGUGAGGCGAGAAACCGGGCCGGAAGCAUCCGGAGCCACGCCCGUCUUACGGUGACCGACCCGGACGCCUUCACACGCAUUACCACCCUCGUCGUCGUCGGUGUUCUGAUCCUCUUCCUCCUCCUCCUCACCAUCACCUUCUGCAGGAAGAUCUUCAACGACAGGCCAACCAUAGCGGGUCACAUCAAGAAACUGCAUCGCUUUCGUGGACAGAGACGUCGGGCAGUUUGUCUACAGCCAGGAUGUGUUGUGUUCCAAGCCAUAAAGGAAGAGGACGCACAUGGCAGAGGCAUCAGUGUGGAUGCUAAUUCCCAAGAGACUUCACCUGCAAAAUGGCUUUUGGACAGAGAAGCACAGGACUAUUACAGAGAAAUACGAAACGACCCCCUGCCUUACACCAACCAACAAGCCGAACUGUUGCCAUACAACACCAAGUAUGAGGUCCCGCGAGACUCUAUUAUUUUUGACAAACUGCUGGGCGCAGGAGCCUUCGGGAGAGUGUACCGCGCUACAGCCAUCAACCUGACCCCUGGCCAGGCCCGGACCACAGUAGCUGUCAAGAUGAUGAAGUCUCGCACAGACAGCGCACAGCUUAAAGCCCUGCGCUCAGAAGUCAAGAUUAUGAUCCACAUUGGCCGCCAUAUUAACAUUGUCAACCUGCUGGGGGCCUGCUCCAAGGACCUGGCUUCAAAAGGUGAACUACUUCUCCUUGUGGAGUACUGCAAGUAUGGCAACAUUCUUGACUACAUGCAUCGCCAUCGUAAAGAGUUUGUCAACCAAAUUAAUGAUGAAGAUAAGAUAGACCCAACUGUUACUGAUCUAUGGCUGAGACAACGCAGCGGCUCCGGAUCACGGGGCAAGACGUCUCGUGGUAUCAAGUAUGCACAUCUUAGCUUCAACCAAGACAAUGUCCUGUACACCAAUGGCCAGACAUCUGACCCAGACAACCCCAGCCAGGCGCUGUGGGCCGCCCCAGCCUCCCCGCCUCACACGCCAGGCAUCUGUGAAGAUUCAAUGGGAACCUUCCGCAGUCGGACCAUUUCCAACUCCUCUAACCACCACAUUACCUCUGACAUGACCACCCUCACCUUUGUUGGUACAGAGAGCAGCAGCGGCGCCUCAGACGGCUAUGUUGGCUCCCGCUCCCUUGCCCCCCACGCUGCUGCCUUCUGUUCCCAAGAUCUGCUCAGUUGGACCUUCCAGGUCGCCAGGGGAAUGGAGUACCUUGCCUUUAAAAAGGUGCUCCAUGGUGACUUGGCGGCUCGCAAUGUGCUUCUGGCUGCAGAUAAUAUUGUCAAGAUCAGUGACUUUGGACUCUCGAAGGAUAUUUAUAAAAAUCAAAGUUACAAAAAGAAGAGUAAUGUACGUAUGUUUAUAAUUUAGAAACUUUGGAACU